UCGUUCCAUCGGUACUAGUGAGCUGCAGGGAGUCCCUCGGAGUGUGUGUGUAACCGGCUGUCCAUGCUCCACACCGAGAGGCUAAUACCACCAUACUCCUCUCUCUCUGAGUGUGUCUGUAGUCGGCUGUCUGUGCUCCACACCGGGAGGCUCUCUCUCAUCACCAGUCCUUAACCCGCUAAAGCUCUACUGCACCAUGCUGACCCGUCUGUUCCGUAUGCACGGCCUCCUGGUGGCCUCCCACCCCUGGGAGGUGAUCGUUGGCACAGUCACCCUCACCAUCUGUAUGUUGUCCAUGAACAUGUUCACCGGCAACGACCAGAUCUGUGGCUGGAACUUUGACUGCCCCAAAACAGAGGAGCAAAUUCUGAGCAGUGAUAUCAUCAUCCUGACCAUCACACGCUGCAUCGCCAUCGUCUAUAUUUACUUCCAGUUCCAGAACUUGAGACAACUGGGGUCCAAAUAUAUUUUAGGCAUUGCUGGCCUUUUCACCAUAUUCUCCAGCUUCGUAUUCAGCACAGUGGUCAUUCACUUCCUUGAUAAAGAGCUCACGGGCCUCAAUGAGGCUCUGCCUUUCUUCCUGCUUCUCAUCGACCUCUCCAAAGCGUGUACUCUCGCCAAGUUCGCCUUAAGCUCCAGUUCUCAGGAUGAAGUGAGGGACAACAUUGCUCGUGGCAUGGCAGUACUGGGACCUACCUUCACUCUGGACGCCCUGGUGGAGUGCCUAGUGAUCGGAGUGGGAACCAUGUCAGGUGUGAGGCAGUUGGAAAUCAUGUGCUGCUUUGGCUGCAUGUCAGUCUUGGCCAACUACUUUGUGUUCAUGACUUUCUUCCCUGCGUGUGUCUCCCUGGUGCUGGAGCUGUCCCGUGAGAGUCAGGAGGGCCAUCCUAUCUGGCAGCUGAGCCACUUCUCCAGAGUGAUGGAGGAGGAGGAGGACAACAAACCCAACCCUGUAACCCAGAGAGUCAAAAUGAUCAUGUCUCUGGGCCUGGUGAUGGUCCACGCCCACAGCCGCUGGAUCGCUGAGCCCUUGUCCAUCAACAGCACAGUGGGUAUCCCACAGGUCGGCAUGGAGCUGGACCACCUGUCACCCAGGAGGAUUGAGCCAGAAAAAACGCUUUGGCAGUUCUACCUCAGCAGGAUGAUCACCAUGGACAUCGAGCAGGUGAUCUGUCUGGCCUUGGCGCUGCUGCUGGCUAUCAAGUACAUCUUCUUUGAGCAGGUUGAGAUGGAGUCUACGCUGUCACUGAAGAACCCCAUCACUAUGUCUGCACCGGCCCUGCCCCCCCGAUGGCCCGCUGACACCUGCUGCAGGAAGGAGCCGGGCUGUCCCCGACCCCCCGCCCUCCCCCUGAGCGUGGCCGCCCCGGCUCCUGCCAACAAGGCGCAGAGAGAUGAGGUGAUACGGCCCUUGUCUGUCCCGGCGGCUGAGCCCCAGCCAAAGAGCUUCUUUGUCAUGGGGGAGGAGGAGGAGCGGCUCAAGUCGGAGACUGAGCAGCCAAGCCCCGCCACAGAGCCCAGAGACCUGGACCAAUGUGUAGCCAUCCUCAACAACCCCGAGCUGGGGGCUCGUUUCCUGAGUGAUGCUGAGGUGAUGCGGCUGGUCAGCUCCAAACACAUCCCUGCGUACAAACUGGAGGCCGUGAUGGAGAGACCUGAGAGAGGAGUGGCCAUACGCAGACAGGUGAUAUCUGCCAAACUUCCCUCUCCCUCGGCGCUUUCCUCCCUGCCGUACACCGACUACGACUACUCCAAGGUUAUGGGCACCUGCUGUGAGAAUGUGAUUGGCUACGUGCCCGUACCAGUAGGCGUGGCCGGACCGCUGCAUCUGGAUGGGAAGCAGUUCCAGGUUCCCAUGGCAACCACGGAGGGCUGCUUGGUUGCCAGCACCAACCGCGGCUGUCGAGCAAUCGCUCUGGGAGGCGGGGCCAGCUGUCGUAUCCUAGCUGAUAGCAUGACUCGAGGACCCGUGGUGAGGCUGCCCUCUGCCUGCCAGGCUGCGGAGGUCAAGGCCUGGCUGGAGAGCACGGACGGAUUCCAGGACGUCAAAGAGGCCUUUGACAGCACCAGCAGGUUUGCUCGGCUCCAGAAGCUGCUGGUUGGUCUGGCUGGGAGAAACCUCUACAUCCGUUUCCAUUCCAAGACUGGAGAUGCCAUGGGGAUGAAUAUGAUCUCUAAGGGCACGGAGCAAGCUCUGAGCAAACUGCAGCAGCACUUCCCAGAGCUGCAGGUGCUGGCUGUCAGCGGGAACUACUGCACCGACAAGAAACCGGCCGCCAUCAACUGGAUUGAAGGCAGGGGCAAGUCUGCAGUCUGUGAGGCCACCAUCCCCGCUAAAGUGGUCAGAGAGGUUUUGAAAACGACGACAGGAGCCCUGGUGGAGGUGAACAUCAGUAAGAACCUGGUGGGCUCAGCCAUGGCAGGGAGCAUCGGGGGAUUCAACGCUCACGCUGCCAACCUGGUGGCGGCCAUCUACAUAGCCUGUGGACAGGACCCCGCCCAGUCAGUGGGCAGCAGUAACUGCAUCACUCUGAUGGAGGCAUCUGGACCCACAGGGGAGGACCUGUACAUCAGCUGCACCAUGCCCUCCAUAGAGCUGGGCACUGUGGGAGGGGGCACCAGCCUACCCCCCCAGCAAGCCUGCCUCCAGAUGCUGGGCGUGCAGGGAGCCAGUCAGGACUGUCCUGGGGAGAACGCCCGACAGCUGGCCCGGGUGGUGUGUGCCACCGUGCUGGCUGGAGAGCUCUCACUGAUGGCUGCUCUGUCUGCAGGACACCUGGUCAAGAGCCACAUGACACACAACAGAUCCAAGGUGAACCUCCAGGAGACUCCAGGAACGUGCACCAAGAAAGCCUCCUGAGCCCAGUUACUGGACCCAGGAACAUACUGUACGGACUAUAUGAAAAGGGACUAAUCAUUCACGAAGAAAGCAGAGCUCCGAUGUCUUCCAAGUGCUUUCAAAGAGACACUGCUGUCAUUUGACCAAUCUCGCUGCUGGAUAUGAAAAGCUAAUCAGACUGUCCUGUGGCAGUAUAUUCAUUUUCUGUAUCUGUGUGUGUUUUAUGGGGCUGGCUCGGAGCACUUCAUCACUGACUUCUUUUAUUUCCACUUUUAAGAAUGCUGUCAGGUGUUUGGGAAACAGACAGUUUGGGUUCUAAUGACAUACAGUAUUUCAGCUGUCCUGUUGCCAAAUGGAGCGUUGUGAACACAGAGACUGCUGCAGCAACUACUCCAGAUUCUGCAUUGUUCUUCAUCAGGGUGCUUUCUCUGAAGCUAACAAGGACACAGUUCAGCAGUACUGCCAAGCAGACUCAAGUCCUGGUUCCACCUCUGCAGACAGACAGAUUCAGGAAUGAAUGUAUGAAUGAUUGAUUAUCUGGAUCCUAGUGGCGCUUUAAAGCCAAGACUGCAAGCCUUACUUACAGGCAGUUCAUCUCAGUACAGAACAGGUGAGGAGGAC